GACGUAGUGUAUUUACAACAGCAAAAUGGGAUGAAAAUGACGGGCUAUAUAGCUGUGUUGAUUUCAUAAAAAUAUUAAAAGGAAGUUAAUAAAUGAAAAGGUGUUCUCGUUUGUGGAUUUUUGUAUAUAAACGUGUGACUUCAACCAAAAGGAUGUACAAGCUGAAAGGAUGUAAUGUAAUUCACAUAUACCAUUCACAUAUAUACACAAGUGUUAAAAGGGACUUUUCAGAGUGUUUCAAAGUUCUAUUUAAAUAUCUAAGUGCAAAGAAGUUAAACAUUUUAUGAAGCAAUGUAUGACAAUGUUAGGCACUAUCUGGCGAGUGUGUUUAUGUUAUGUUUGAUGAAGAAGUAUAUUUGCCUGCAGCAUUUAGCGAAUGUGCCCGUGUUCAUCCACUGUAAACAAACGGCGACUGACAUAUUGAACGCGACUCCACAGAUUAUCAUUCCUCAGGAAACAAAUGACACGGAAGUUAACCUGUCAAAUUUGGUAGCUGACAAACAACUGAUGCUCGAUCUUUGUCCCGAUAGAAGAUUCCUUAAAAUUAGUUGGAUAUCAAAUAAAAUACAAUGGAAAGAAACCAGACUCUGUUAUGAGAUGCUCACAUUACAAGAUGAGAUUCUAAUGGGACCAGUCUGCUUUAAUUUGCACGUGCAUGAGUUAAAUCUCUCAUCAGCAAUGAAUUGUUGGUUUCCAAUGAAACAUAUCGACAAACGACCGAAUAUCAAGGCAUGGGUUUAUCAAUCAUCUACAAGCGUGCAAUUAGGCUACUCUGGAAGUCUACAUAUCAGUGAUUUGGAUCCUGUUCACAGUUGUAAGGAUACAUGUGAAGUGGUACCUAUGCAAAUUAGUUCUCAAAUUGAUUGUAAAGAUAUGGCUUCAAUAUUUUACGAUACGUCAACAAUUGUGAAACAUCUGUCUUUCCAUGGCGUUGUUAAUCCAUCAUGCGACGAAAAUAUCAUCCAGAUUUCUAGACAGACAGAUACACGACUUGAGUACCACCUGAAUUGUGAAUACAGUGGUAUAGGGCACAUAAAGGUGCUCUACAGUGUUCAAGAUAAAUAUUGCCUGAAGUACCAGCAAGUUAGAGUUAAUUGUUCAAAAGGAAACUCUAGUAAUAUACCAACAGUUCCUGUGGAUCAUGGAAAUAUACAUUCGUUUGGGACAUUUGUGAUAUUUGGAAUAAUUUGUGUUGUCGUAAUAGCGGCUAUAUUCUUCAGUAUUAUAUUUGUUGUACAGUGGUUAAUGUACUUACGUAUCAAAUACCGGAGAUCUCAGCAUGAAAGCAAAGAAGAGUCUCGGAAUGCAAGUAUGGAAGACAAAAUCCCACUAAAGACAAGGACGUGUGAAGAAAAUACACAAAAGGAUGAAAGGAGCAAACAAAAGGAAUCAUAUUUGCCUAGAAAACUUUCAAACCGAGGAUUGUGUUCAACAUCGUUUUCAAAUAUACCGGAAAAGGACAAACGGGAACAAAAGCCAGUUGUUAGGUGUAUCAGAAAAAGUGUAACAAUGGCGCUUCUGGAAGAUACGAACCCAUUUUAUAAAAAGAAAAUAUUAUUUCUUCCCAAACCAUACGAUCACUUUACUCAUGAGGCCACUAAAAUACUGAAAUUUAUCUUUGAUAAAGAGGCUGGGAUAACAAGUCAGUGUUGUUACGAUCGGAGUAUUCAUAAACACUACAUGACAAGUAACCGUGAUAGAUGGAUUAAUAAUGUGUUAGGGGACCAUGAUAGGAUAUUGAUAUUUUUAUGUUUUAAAUCACUUAGUGCCCCACCAAAUGAGGAAAAAUAUGAGCCAAUGGUGGGCGAAAUACUUGACAAUCUAUUAUUAUCAAAAGUAGCCUCUACUAGACUAUGCAAGAUUGUUUUCUUAUAUUUUACUGAAAGUUCCAAAAAUAUACAGAAGAAACACCAUGGAGACAAUUUCCACAUUCACGAUACAAGCUCAUUUCAGAACUUUGUGUGUGAUGUGCUGAACUUUUGCGGGAGAAGUCAAGAUCAAUAUUCAGAUAUGAUAUAUAGAAUAUUGAACUGCCAGGCUUCUGGUCACUUUCUUAAAUAUAUUGGAUUGACGGGUAGUCCUCGUUCAAAAUAAUGAAAUACAUAAUCACAAACAUAAGAUUAAAUCAAAAUUGUAUUCAACUGUUUUCAUUUUCUUGCAGCUUUAAAUGCGCAUGCAUGUGAAUGCGUUAAAAUGGUUUAAAAACACUAGAACAUUCCCGUUCACAAGCAGUUUCCGAGCAAGUCGUCACUUGAAUGUAUGGACGAUCUGUCUGUAAAAUAUGUAAAUCUUGACGAAGAAUAUGGGAAUUCGAUCUGAGAAGGUAGUUAAACCAUGCGACCGUAACUAAAGUGACAAAUAUCAACAUCUGCAGUUUCGUCACAGUUGUAUACAUAUCAUGAUUGUUUGUGUGAAUCCAAUCAAUAUUUCCGUUGAUAAAUCAUUGGUUGUGAUAUUU